AUGCCAGCCAGCCAGCCAGCCAGCCUCGUCGCCAGUCGCCAGUCGCCCGUCGCCCGUCAUCAGUCCCCAGUCAACUCUGUCAGUCAGCACCCAAGCCUCCAAGCCUCACCACGACUUCAAGCCUCAACUUCAAGCACUGUGACUUCUCUGCCUCUCUCUCUCUCUCUCUCUCUCUCUCUUGUUACCCGAAACGGAGACUCGACCCACUAG